GUCCUACGUGUAUUUGAGCGUCCCUACAAUGCUUCGUCUUCAUUCGUAUCAACGGUUUACAAUUUUAUUAGAUUUUUAAUCGCGCAGCUGCUUUCCCAUUUAACCAAUUUGAUAUAAUUUACGGUUUUCGAUAUCCCGGUACUAAGCCACAGUGUAUAAACACUACGUGCGUAUUAUGCACAUCAUUACAUUCAAAUAAAUUAUACGUAUGUAUGUAAUGCAAAGAUUACAUGUCAUCAUCAUAGAACGUCAUCAUCAAUUUGCAGUUGAGGUUAUGUCGCUUUGUUUAUAAUUGACCUGGAAAAAUUCGGAGUGUUGUGAUAUAGUGAUAGUGUAGAUAUGGCUCUAAACAGGAACUUUCCAGCUUUAAAGAAUGAUAGAAUUCUCAAGGCAGCCCUAGGAGAAAAACCUGACAAAACCCCUAUAUGGGUCAUGAGACAAGCUGGGCGAUAUCUACCGGAGUUUCUACAGUACAGGAAGGAGCAUAGUUUUUUCGAAAUAUGUCAGAAUCCUGAACAUGCUUCUGAAGUAACUCUGAUGCCCUUACGUAGAUUUGAAUUAGAUGCAGCAAUUAUAUUCAGCGAUAUCCUGGUUAUUCCUCAGGCUCUUGGUAUGGAAGUAGAAAUGCGCGCUGGUGUGGGCCCCGUAUUGCCUGAGCCUUUAACCCUUGACAAAGCGGCAACGUUAAGUGCUAACGGGACGGCCCAAAAAUUGGAAUAUGUUGGUCAUGCAAUUAAUUUGACCAGACAUAAAUUGGAAGGUAAAGUGCCCCUAUUUGGAUUCUCUGGAGCACCGUGGACCUUGAUGGGUUACAUGAUAGAAGGGGGUGGAUCUAAAACCUACUCGAAAGCGAAAAAAUGGCUCUAUGCAUUCCCAGAGGAGUCCCAUGCAUUAAUAAAUACUUUGACAGAAGUGAUUAUUGACUAUUUAGUAAUGCAGAUUGAAUACGGAGCUCAAAUUGUGCAAAUAUUUGAUAGCAAUGCGGAAUAUUUAAAUAAACAGCUUUAUGCAACUUUUUGCUUACCAUACUUGAAACGCAUUUCACAGGAUGUGCGAACAAAACUAAAAGAAAAAAAUCUGCAAGAAGUUCCCAUGGUUCUAUUUGCAAAGGGUGGUUGGUAUUGUCUUGAAGAACUGGCAGAUUUAGGAUAUGAAGUCCUUGGAAUUGAUUGGACAGUGGAGCCGAAAUUUGUGAGAAAUAUUCUCAAGAAUAAAAAUAUAACUAUCCAAGGUAAUUUAGAUCCUUCAGCCCUUUACGCUUCAAAGGCUGAUCUGGAGAAUUACAUUAAAACAAUGCUGGAAGAGUUUGGAAACGGUAGAUAUAUUGCUAAUUUGGGACAUGGGAUUUAUCCAGACGCUCCAAUUGAUUCUGUACAAACUUUUGUUGAUACAGUACAUAAUUUUGAUGGUUAAUAAGUUUUAUGUAGGCAACUUUAUGGUAUAGGGUUUUAGAACAUGGAUGAAACGAAAUUGAAAUUGAAGGAAUAUAGUUUAUAUUUGCAGUUA